CAUCACUAGGCUCAGGAGCGGCUCCCCGUCGACGGAAAGGCAAGCUUGAAUGAGUGUCGCUACAAGACAGAACGACUACUACUACACAGUCCUUAAUCUUCCUCCGUCGGCGUCAGAGAAUGAGAUCAGAGAGCGGUACAGAGCUCUGUCCGUUGUUUUCCACCCGGACAAGCAGCAUGAUGAGCGAGCGAAGGAGACGGCGUCUAAGAAGUUCUUAGAAAUACAGAAGGCAUACGAGGUGCUCUCGGAUCCGUUUCUUCGUGCGGUUUAUGACGUGCUAGGCGAGGAAGGAAUAUCUCAAGAAUGGUCUGAGGACUGGCGGCUGAGACCCAUCGACGAGGUCCGGAGAGACCUCAAGCGGGCAUGGAUUAAUCUGGAGCAGGAGAGAAUUGACAAAAUUGUACGAGUGAGGGGCACGGUCACCUGCGGGAUCAACGCAACCACGCUCUUCGACGACGACCCAGAGUAUUACAGUUCGCAGCUCUUCCGCCGCAUCAUGGAACGGUUCUCUUUCGUGCACAUGAACAGUCUCGCCACCAAGUAUACGGUGCAGAGACAAGUCGACGAACAGACCCGCCUCAGCCUCACUACCGAUUUCUCGCGGACGCAUAAUCCGUACACGCGCAAGUUCAUCACUGUCGGAACCUUCGCAGGGACGAUCCGCCACCAGUUCUCCCCACGAGUGACGUUGAAGGCAACCGCGCGGCCUUUGCAGAACCCCGCUUUAGAUCUCAAAGCUACGUACCAAGCUGACCACGGCAGCAUCUCAGUAGGCACCACGCUGCUUCUUAACCAGCUCACCGCCUUCCUCCCCCCGCUAUACCCCCCGCUUAAUCUCGAGAUCUCGCGGCUACUCUCGGCAGAGCGACCGCUGCACGGCGUGAUCAACCUGUCCACGGGGCCCUCCCCGGAAUUUUCCAUGGACCUCGUCUCGCCCAGCUUCUUCGACUGGCGGCCUGCCCCGGCUCUGUCCGAAGGCCCCGAGGAAGAGAUGCUGAAGCCCGCGCUGCUCAGCUCGGGGCCUCCCCUGCUCGUGGGUACCGCGUACCGCUCGGUGGGGUUCGCCAUCAGCGGGCUGUCGACGCAUCUCAAGACGGAGAUGGGCGUAAGGUUCGAGGAGCUAGCAUUGCAUCUGAAGACCGUGCUACAGCUUGGGUUUACCGGGCUCGCAGCCCUGGUGGGCGGGGUGUGGACGCCCGCCCCGGGCAGCGAGGUCGCCACAUUUGUCGGCCUUGGUGCGAGUGGCGUGUAUCUGAAACUGGACUUUAUGUAUAUGGGGCAGCGGCUUACGAUACCCAUAAAUCUGUCGGACGAGUUCGACCCGGGGCUGGCGUUUUGGACCGCGGUAGUGCCGUCCAGCGCCUACGCGCUCGGCUACUACUACAUACUUAGGCCAAGAAGGCUGGAGCAGCGAAGACGGAUCAUUCGACAGGCGCGGCGAGCUGCGCAGGACCAGGAAUCAGAGGGUCGUAGGGAAUACGAAGCGAUGCAGGCCAUGCUGAAGGACGUUGCGAACAGGCACAUGCAGGCGGAAACGAGGCGAGACGGGCUUGUCAUUCUUGAAGCCACCUACGGCGCCGACGAGGUGGACGAGGAGGCUGCCGGGCUGAGCAUCGACGUCACGAUCCCGCUCCAGGCCUUGGUUAACAACAGCCAGCUGUUCAUCCCUAGUCGCGGCUCAAAGGCUUCCCUCCAGGGGUUCUACGACCCUUGCCCCCUGUUGCCGAAAGUCCUGCGGAUUCGCUAUAUGUUCGGUGGUCGCAUGCACUAUGCUGAGAUUCCAGAUGGCGUGCCGGUGGCUAUCCCAUUAGAAGAUCAUCUCGUGGAAUGAUCGAUCGGCGCGCGUCCGCGCACAUCCACACCCACUCCUUUGCGCGGGUUCACACAUCCCUCUCUGACAAGGGUAAUUGCAGUUAUUAUUAUGUUCCCCGCAUCCCCACACAGCCUAUAUUUGCGCGAUCUAGAAGGAGAUGGGGACCCCUGCCCGCAUGGUCGGUCGACCGACUUGAGAUGCGCUGAUGGCUGCGGAGGAAACAUGCGUACGCCCUGAUGGAGAAUAGUAGCCCCCACUCAAUGCUUUCCGGGUCCAG